AACCCGUUCGGCUUUCGGUCCGUUUGAAAAGCUGCCCGUAGUGAAACAAGAACAUUUUACAACUAAAUGGACUUUAAAAUUAGCUUAGUGUGAACGUGGACGAAGUAACAAAACUCUGAUUAUGUGCUUGAGUUUUUACCGGCAGCCUUAGAUAGACAACCUUUGUUAACGUUGUGUAACCCGAAGAGACAUAACGUGACAAGGAACGGUAGCAAGACAAAAGCUUUACGUUAACGUAUGUCCGUGUCCGGCAGGCUGCCACUCUGCCCGAGCAAACUAGAACAAGUUGUUCUUGUUUGAUUCAACCAUGGACGCGGUUGUAAAAUUCACAAGCCAAAGUCAAGGAAGGGACCGUAUAUUCAGGGCAACCCAAUAUGCCUGUGCACUGUCCAUAUAUUUACUUCGAAAGAACUCCGAAAGAAAGGACUGUGUGGCCAAACUUAAAAGUCUGGAAGCCACCAUGAGAGCUGGACGAAAGUUGUUCAGGCUGGGAAACACAAUAAAUUCCAUUGAGGCUGCUAAGCGAACCAUGCAACUCUCUGACCGAGUGCUGUGCCUGUGCCUCACUGUGGCCAACAUCAACCGCGCCCUCUACUUUAUCUGUGACAAUGCACUUUGGGCCAGAAAUGUCGGUCUUAUCCGCGAUAUCGACAAGGAACGCUGGAGCCUAAAUGCCUCUCGCUGCUACUUGCUCUCGCUAAUUAUGAGUCUGACCAGAGAUGUUUAUGUGGUCUUCCAGUUAAUGGUACAGAGAGCAAGAGAUAGACACUUCAGACAGAAAAUGGAUCAGCAUCUCAGUGAGAAUCCUGAAGUAGCUGAUGUUGUCAUUCCUCAGCUGGAUGCUUUUCUCUUUCUGCUGUUGGACAGUCUAAAAUCACAUCCGGCUGUUGCCUUGGACACGGUGAAGAAUAUAUGUGAUCUCUUCAUUCCCUUAGACAGGUUGGGUAUAUACCAGUCGAAUGCAGGAGUGGUGGGAUUUUGUGGUCUGAUAUCCUCAUUUAUUGGGAUUGUGACCCUCGGACAGCCCAAGUUACAAAUCAAACCAUAAUAAUGAUUGCGAAGAUAAACCUGUUCUGACUAACUGCACGUAAAAAAAGGUUUACCGUGACAGGUUUUCAAAAGGAUUUUGUGUUCUUUAGCUGGAGCUAUAAAUGUGGACUAAUGUCUUUCUGGUGCAUAAGGACAUUAGGAAACACAUCACAGGAACUUUUUGUAACAUUUAUGUUAGAAUCAAGUAUGUUUCACACCAAACUCAAGCCAGCAAUAAUUGAAAGGCUUGCAAGUUUCUGGGAUGACUGGAUUUAAUUGGUUUUUAAUAGAUCUUUUAUUAAAUUAUUAAUUGAUUGAAUGAUUGAACUGAUAACAUCAUACUUUUGAAAUAGACACAAACAAUAUAUUCAAUGGGGACCAGUUUAAAAGGGAGCAAAUUACGUUUCUAUAGCAACCUUUUAUAUUUUUGUAAUUUAAAAGGGCCAAGGCUAAACCUUUGUGCAAUCCUGUCUUCUACAACACCACAUGUGACUAAAUGUUUUGUAACUACUGUAUUGUAAAACAUAAGGGCUCCUCACUGAUGCAAGCGUUUGCAUUUCACCUGUCUUUUACAAAAAAGUAAGACCUCACUAUGAAUGGCAUUGCCACUUUAGGUACACUGUCUUUCUCUGCUCUCUGUUCUGUGAUAACAUGCUGCUAAAAGUUUUACCUCUGUGAUUCAAGUGAUGAAUAAGCUCCUUCUCAGACAAAAGUGCUUCCAAAUGGAAAAUGCAGCUGAGAGAUUUCAUCUGUUUAUUUAUAUUUCAUCCUGCCAUUCAAGGCUUGGACUGGACUUUGACUGUCAGCAGAUUAAGGUUAACUUAAGACAUUAUUGAGUAAAAAAAAAAAAAAAGUAAAUUGUGUUACUAUUUUAAUGAGCCAAGAUACCCUAGAUAAUGUUUCUACAAUUGAAUGGUUAAUAUAUUGUCUAGAAAUUGUGUGCUUGUGUAUGUAUGUUUGAUACUGAGCAAACAAGUGUACAAUGAAAAACUACAAAUUUCCAACUUACUCUUGUAAAUAAUAAUGGAAUAUCAAUCCUUAAAGCUGCGGCUGCACAUUUGAUUAAAAGGUUAGCAAAACUAUAUUAAAAAAAUGAUGAUUCAAAACUGUGCUUUUAAAAAAACUAAAUGUUUGUAUUUUCAUGAUGUUGAUAGUCAUUAACUAUCAAAGUAGUGACCAUUGGGAUGGUUGUGGUUCAGUUUAAAAAUAAAGUAACACUGCCCUCUUGUGGAAACAUGA